AUGCCCGGUGAUCAUCAUCCCUCAACCAUUCAGCCUAAAAGGAAAGUUGAAAAGCUUCGACGUCGUAAACGGCUAGCUGAAUCGAUCAGACUUCAUGUAGAAUCUGGUGGCGAGCAUAUUUCAAAGAGAGAUCAAAUUAAGUUGGACAAGGAAAAACUUAAGCAAAAUUUCGCGAAUGGAGUAAAAUUCUGCAUUGAUUGUUCUUUCGAGAAGGAUUUGUCACAGAAAGAGAUAUCCAAGCUUGCGCAACAAUUUUGCCGGGCAUACGGUGCAAAUAAGAAGGCUGUAGUACCACUCAGCAUAAAUUUGGUCAAUUUUAAUUCUUCUGGCCCAUUAGCUGAAUGUUGUAGACGCAAGUGCUGUGGUUUCGACAAUUAUCAGAUUGGUUUCCAUGCCGAAUCCCCAACUGAAGUAUUUAAAGAUCAGGAAAUAAUUUAUCUUUCUCCUGAUGCUCCAGAUCCGUUGGUUGAAAUUAAUAGAGAUGCUGUGUAUGUCGUUGGUGGCCUGAUUGAUGAAAAUAUCGAAAAGGGUCGAAGUUUGGAUGAAGCAACAAGGUUGAAUGUCUCGGCUAUGCGACUUCCAAUAGACGAAUUCGCGCCUGCCGAUUGGAACCCUCAGAAUCGAGUGAAGGCUUCAGCGCUGUGUAUAAACACUCUGGUUGAAAUACUGCUAGAUGUAAUGCGUACUAAGGACUGGCAAGAGGCCUUCGAUAGACAUCUUCCUCGCCGAUAUCGCACCAAAACCCCCUCACGCCAAAAAGACCCCUAA